GCCACCAGGAGCGUCCCAUGCCUGCAGCUGGAUCUGGGGUUCAGGGGAUGUCCCCGUCCCCAGGGGGGUCCCCAUUGCUCCCUUGGUUUCUGCUCUCCCUCGGCAGUGCUUCACCAUUGAGAAGCUGGGCCGGCGGCCCCUCAUCAUCACCGGUUUCUGCGCCAUGGGCAUCUGCUCGGCGGGCAUCACCCUCUGCCUGCUGCUGCAGACCGCCCUGCCCUGGAUGCGCUACGUCGCUGUCGCCUGCGUGGUCGGCAUCAUCGCCGGCUUCUGCAUGGGACCAGCCGGCGUCCCCUUUCUGAUGACGGCCGAGCUCUUCACGCAGUCCCACCGCCCGGCCGCCUACGUCCUGGGGGGGUCCCUCAACUGGCUCUGCAACUUCACCAUCGGCUUCAUCUUCCCCUUCCUGCAGAUGUCAGCCGGAGCCUUUUGCUACCUGGUUUUCUGCGGCGUCUGCCUGCUGGUGGCCCUCUACGUCUACCUCAUUGUCCCCGAGACCAAGAACAAAACCUUCGUGGAGAUCAGCCGCACCUUCGGCACCCGCCGCGCUGUCCUCCCGGUGUGCCGCGGGGGGAUGCUGAAACUCCGUGGCUACGGGGCCUUGGAGGGCAGCCUGGAGGGACUGGGAUCAGGAUCAGGAUCAGGAUCAGAAUUGGGAUCAGGAUUGGGAAUGGGAUCAGGAUUGGGAUCGGGAUCCGGACUGGGAUCGGGAUCUGGCCUUGCUUGACCUCCCCAUACUUUGGGGUGCAGCAAAGCCCCAGGGUGCCCCCCAAGGCAGGGGGACACCGGGCACAUGGGGACAGGGAGCGGUCUGGAGCGGUGCCCAGUGCCUGGUCCCAGCACCUCCACCCUCCAGCUGCUGAAGGGACACCGGUGAAAGCAGGGUCACGGCUCCCCAGCACCGCCGCGUCCCCCUCCGCCUCCCUCCCGCCUCGGCUGCUCUCGGCAGCAGAACAGAGCGGUAAAUAUGUGCAGCAUUACAUAUGUAUAAUGGAGUGUAAAUAACCCCAAAAAGUGCAUUGUAAAUAGACUCCAAGUUUAUCCUUUAUUAAUGAGGCACUGAGUGCCCUGCUGUUUUAGAGCAGCGAGACUUUCAUAAUAUCAAAACCUAAAUUACACUUGUGUCUCUCAUUCCCA